AUGGACACACAAGGCGAGGUCACAGAGGUGCCCCAGCCCACCACAGCUGAGAACGAAGCCGGCACAGAAGACAAGGCCGUCGACGAAGUAACCGAACUCUUCAAGGGCCUGUCGAAAAAGAGGAAGACGAAGAAGCCCAAGGAUGCCGAGGCCGGUGAAGGCGACGACGGCGCCACCGCGGACGGCGAGUUCGACCCCACCGCCCUGAAGAAGAAGAAGAAGAAGCCCAAGAAGGUCGACACCGGUGACUUCGAGGCCAAGCUGGCCGAGGCCGGCAUCUCAGAGAAGGCCACCGAGGAGAAGGAGGGCGAGCUGCCCGAGGGCGAUCUCGAGGCCGGCACCGGCAUCUGGGCCCACGACGCAACCCAACCCGUCCCCUACGCGCUCCUCGUCUCCCGCUUCUUCUCCCUCAUCCAGAGCCACCACCCCGACAUGCUGUCCAGCGGCACCAAGUCGUACAAGAUCCCGCCUCCCCAGUGUCUGCGUGAAGGUAACCGUCGUACCAUCUUCGCCAACAUCGCCGAUAUCUGCAAGCGCAUGAAGCGUUCGGACGACCACGUCAUGCAGUUCUUGUUCGCCGAAUUGGGUACCAGUGGCAGUGUGGACGGAAGCAGACGUCUGGUCAUCAAGGGUCGUUUCCAGCAGAAGCAGAUCGAGAACGUCCUGAGAAGAUACAUCGUCGAGUACGUUACCUGCAAAACCUGCCGCAGCCCCGACACCGAACUCAACAAGGGUGAGAACCGUCUGUACUUCGUCACUUGCAACUCCUGCGGUUCCCGCCGGUCCGUCGCCGCCAUCAAGACCGGUUUCCGUGGCCAGGUCGGUCGCAGAAAGAGACAGGGUUAA